AUGGAGCUGUUUUCCAACGCUGUGAAAGCAUUUUAUUGGAAGAAGCUUUUGGUGCUAAAGAAUUUUUUUUUAGACCUUUUAGAAAAACUCCUGCAUAGCCAAAGAAACGAGAACGUGAGUGAAUGUAUUGAGAAGUUGUUUGAUAAAGUUGAGUCCCCUGAGAAACACACUAAAAUCCAGGAUUCACAGGUUGAAGAAUAUGUUCUUCAGUUGUGGAACUGGGCUGUGACCAAAAAUGUUGGUUCAGCCAUCAACGAGCAACAAAGAGCCAAAGUGCGACACAUAGCUUGUCGUCUCCUGUAUUUGUGUGAACCUGAGAACCCAUCAGAGAAUACAAUACGCAAGCAAAUUUUGAUGGCUAUUAAGACAGGGAGAACAUGGCUUGACUGUAAAAAUCCUAAGCUUGCUGAUGAUUUUUUGAGUCAGGCUGUAACUAGCCUAGAGACUCUUUACUGCAGAUUGAUAUCCCAAAGAGAUGAAGUUGUUGAUACCAACCUGCCAAAAGUAGAUACUGAGAAGGACCUGCUGCGGGUUCUUUCUUAUAAAGCUGAAUCUGCCCUUGCUCAAGAGAAUCAACAGGAGGCUGUUUCCUGUGUAGACCGAUGUAAAGAGAUGCUUAUGAGACUUCCCAAGGAGACUGGAUAUCUGUCCCUAAUUUGCUAUAAAUUUGGGGUGGAUACAUAUAAUAAAAACAAGCUUGAGGACAGUUCAUUUUGGCUCAGUCAAAGCUAUGAUAUAGGGAAGAUGAAUCCAAAGUACUCUCAAGGGCCAGAAAUGCAAGCCAAAGUCCUGAGACUACUUGCUAGAGUUUAUUUGGAGUUAGACUGUCAGAAGUAUCAGGAUAAAUCUCUUUAUGCUGUGAACCUGGCUAAUAAGGAAUACUUAGAACCAGCAGGUAUUUAUCUGAAGAUCCGUAUUUUGCUAAAGAGUGGAACAGCAGAUGAAGUGGUUAAAUCUGGACUAAAGGAAUUACUUGACUCUGAGGUCCAGCUGGAUGUGUGUCUAAGCACAGUAAAACUACUCAUAGCAGAGGAUAGAGAAACUCUGGCCUUUGAUUUUCUGAACAUGGUUUGCCAGCAUUUUGAAUCCUCUUCUGAGCUGGGCUCUGCACUUGUGUUGCAUAUUGAGUUGCUGAUGUUGAGAGGCAAAGAACUUCUGGGCAAAAUGAAAAUCGAGGAUGCAAUCACAGGUCAUUACACAGGAAGGCAGUUAUCACCACACAAUCUCACCUCCCUUCACCUCCUUCUGUGGGAUAAAGCUGCUAAAAGCAUUGAGGCCAAAAACUAUCAUGAGGCUCUGCAGUGGUACAACUAUUCAAUAAGUUUUUACAAGUCGGGUGAGCUGGAUCAGAACCUGGCCAAACUUCAGAGAAACCGAGCUUCCUGUUUCCUUUAUUUGCAGCAAUUAGAUAUGGCCAAGGAUGCUAUUUCAGAGGCACUAAAAUGUGAUCCGAACAGCAUCUUUACGCAUUUUAGUAUCUACAAGAUAGCAGUUAUGGAUAACAAUAUAGAGAAGGCUGUUGAGGCUAUAGGAAAGAUUGGUGUACUAACUCAGAUGCCUGUGCCCAAUGAGGAUAGACUUCUUGUCACUGAGAAUGCAGCAGCAAACCUUCUCAUCCUCGCUGCUCAAAUUGCUUUGGAUAAUGAGCAGCAGGAGACAGCUAUGAAAGCACUUGAACGUUUUUGUGAACUCUCUCAUGAUGUAGUCCAAGUAAUUACUGCUCUCAGGUGUUUAGUUCGCCUUCUGAUGUCAACAAUGGAUAAUGUGUAUGACGAAAACAGGAAUUCCAGUCUAGAUGCACUCUUCUUAUAUCUCAAGAUGGCACUGAAAAAUGUGUCCCAACUCAGAAAAGCACCUGGCCAAGGAGAGGACCUUUGCUCUGAUGAGGCCAACUGGUUCAGAAGAAUUGCUUGGAACACAGCGUUGCAGUGUGAGAGCAGCUCUGUUAAAAUGAGGGAUUUCUUUCUUCUCUGCUACCAGCUGUCACAGCAUUGUGUUCAAGAUAGAGGUGUGUUGAUGGGGCAGAAAACGUGCUUGCUGAUGGUUACUGCUGCAUGUCUGGACAUCUGCUGCAUGACUCCUCAGAACGAACAACAGACUGAGAUCCUGACCCAAGCUUUAGAACACAUUCAGGUCUGCAGGGAGAUAUGGAGAGCUUUAAAAACUUCAGGUGACUAUACCAAAGACCCAACUGACACUAUAUUGCUUCUAUACGAGUUUGAGGCACGAGCCAAAUUAAAUGAUCCCAAGCUUGAGACUGUGCUUGAGUCAAUCCUGGAGCUUGAUAACGUUGAUACAAAGAUUUUGGAGACAGUUGCAGCCAUAGCAAUGAAACCUCCAGCCCAUUUUCCUGUGGUAUGUAAGAAGGCUCUAACAGUUGCCCUCUCUUUACAUAAGCAAGACCCACAAGCAGAUCUGGCACGCUGCUGUUACUGCUUACACACAUUGAUCCAGCUGUCACUGCCCAGCGGUGUGUGUGAAGUGGAUCCCUGUAUAUUAGAGGAAGCGUGGGGUUACUAUGAGGAGGCCCUGUCCAUCAUUUCAGCUGCAUCAGAAAACUUCCCUGAACUGGAGAUCUUAUGGCUGUUGACUCGAGCUUGGAACACAGGAAUUUUGCUCUACAGUCUGUCCCAAUAUACUGAGGCUGAAAAGUGGUGUGGUUUAGGCAUAAGCUUCCUGCAGCACCUGGGUUCUAUGCAAGACAGCUAUCAGACUCAGAUGUCUGGUCUGUAUAGUGUGGUGCUGGACAGGCUGGACAAAGCCAAGAAGACCCACAUAACGGAGGAGUGAUAACUAAUUUAGGUCUGUUUUUUGUAUUUAGUAGCAAGUGAAGACUUUUCUGUGACACUGUACUCAUUACAUGAAAGAUUGUAGAUUGUUAGGAAACAUUCUGUAUAUUCUACACGUCCUUUACUGUAUCCUAAAAUUACAUACUGACCCUGUUGUUGAUAGGGGAAUGGAAAAACCCAUGUUCAGAUCUCAACAGAACCACAGUUUUUAUUCAUUUCAAACAAAUAAACUUUUGUCCAGUUCAAAAAAGAAAAAAGGGAAAAAUAAAUAAACAAAAUAUUGUAGAACUGACCACCUCAGGUUCGCACCUGACCUGGAUAGAAGACUUGUAUUCAUGUGAGUCAAGAUCAUUAUUAUCAUUUUUGUAGUUACAAAAGGACUUUCUUUACAAUCAGUAUAUGUGUGCUUUCACAUUAAUAACUAAUCAUAACCCAAGAAGACAAAAGGGAAACCUUUUGCCCCACCCUUAAACAUGUUUAAUGAUUUCUCCACUGGAGUAAAAACUGAUAUCAUCAGUACACACAGAGCCAUUCAGAAUCAAUGGGUGAUUCCAUGACCUCUCUAGAAAAAAAUACAAUGAAUGAAAAUUCUUUGGGCUUUUACUGGCAUGGCUGACUGACUCCCAACAAAUUAACAGUCAGCUUUUCCUUUACUCAACACCAGAGGACCUGUUGUAUGUUAAAAGAAAUAGUUAUGCACCUGGAUUACUUUAACAACCUCCUACAGGUUGCUGUCUGUGUCUCAUGAGUGUGUUAAUAGUUAUUUUUUACUUGUUCGUUUACUUAUUUUACAAUUUUCAUUUAUACACUCAGACAAGUUCCACAAGAUAUCACAAGUAGACAGGCCCUAGUUUAGGGAAGUCAAUCCCCAAAUGACUAGGAAAUGUGUUCUGAUAGGCAGCUGAAGAUUUUUGUCUAGAGAGAAAUACCAACAUUACGGCACAUUUGAAUGGAAAUUAAUCUCAGAAUAAGUCAGUUUACUUACCUGACGUGUGAUCUAUAAAACAUUUGUCCCAGCUGUGUCAUGCAUGCAUGAAGCACAAGUGAGGGGAUAUUUACAUUUUACAGCUAACACCCUUUGAAACAGUCUGUAAGCAGUUUUUAAAUGGCUCUGUUCCCUUCGAUUAUUCCCUGAACUCUGGUUUUGACACAAGUAUGACAGCUGGUUUAAUGAUGUCUGGCAGAUGGUCACAUCUGCUUAGGAAAUGCCUGCAGAUACAUUUUCUUGAGGCUGGAGGUCACUUUCAUCACAUCCUGUGGUCAUAGAAGUAAAUGUUGGGCUGGUUCUUGGACCUCCAAGGAUUAUGAAACUUCCAUCCAGGAGCCAUUAAUAAUUCUUUAUCAUUAAGCCUGCCCAGUCUCUUUUUAAUGCAGAAUGGAAAGCUCAG